UAAGCCUGCAAACGACUCCCAGUGCUUCACUGCAGUGAACCGAUUCAUCUCAGCCAUUUCCCUCUUGUCCUCAGAGAUAACCCGAAGCUAAAAAUGGCACUGGCCGCAUCCCUCAAAGAAGCUGACAUCACUGCAGCCCUUGCAGCUUGCGCGGCUGCUGACUCUUUCAACCACAAAGAGUUCUUUGCCAAGAUUGGCAUGUCUAGCAAGUCUGCUGACGACAUCAAGAAAGCCUUCGCCGUCAUUGACCAGGACAAGAGUGGCUUCAUUGAGGAGGAUGAGCUGAAGCUGUUCCUGCAGAACUUCUCUGCCUCCGCCAGAGCUCUGACUGACAAGGAGACCGCUGCUUUCCUCGCAGUCGGUGACUCUGAUGGUGAUGGCAAGAUCGGAGUUGAUGAGUUUGCUGCCAUGAUCAAGGCAUAAAUGAACAAGCAGACGACAUCUUACUCCAACACUCUAAAGGAACAACUUGAGACAAACUCCUCCUCUCUUCUUCUCCUCUUCCCAUCCACUCUCUCUCUCUCUCUCAAUUCUCCACACCACUUUUAUACACUUGACCUUUACCCCUGACCCAACUGUAAACAGACUAUGACCCCCUCACUCUCUCUCUCAUUGGCAGUGCUCACCCCUUCGCUGUCCACUAUGAAUGUACCUGACUUAAGUGUAUGGCGUGGUUGACUUGUGUCUUUCUCUCUCUCUCUCUCACUUCUGCAGUCGUUUUACUAUGUGAGUUUUUGCUUACCAUGAGAUCAGUGAUGAUGCACUUUCAUGGGAAACGGACGAACGAUGAGAAAACAAUAAAGGUUCUUUUUCAGUAACACAA